AUGUGCCCUUCUUCUCAUCACCAUCUUGCCCUUUCCCCUCAAACAACCCCAGAGUUCCUUUGCGUACGGUUCACCAAAACACUGUACCAAAGAGGCCCUGUCUCAACACUCUUCGCCCCUACAUCCAGAUUCAACUCUCGAGUCACCAUGACAAUCUUUCCCUGGAGACGACAGCAAAAGGCAACAGAACUCCAGAAAUACGCCCUUGGAAAACGCGACGACACAUGCUACAUCAGCACAAAACCAGCCGAACCUGUCCGCCGCUCCGAUAUCUGUAUCCCCGGGGAAGCGGAGUGCAGCCACUUCACCAAAAAAACGAGGCGCGCCGCUCUCGAGUCGGAAUCAGAAGAAACAGAGCAUAUACUCUCCUGCUUUUGGGUCACGUACAGGACGGCCAUCCAUCUCAGCCAGACAAAGAUCAAGUACAAGGCCUACACCGUCAGUUUAUACAAAAACUCGCGGUUCCUGAAAGCCGAGAUUCAGAAUCAUGUAAAAGUGUACACGGCUGUCCAAGCACUCUGGAUUCAAUUUAAAGCAAAAGGAUGGACCAGGUGCCCCCGUGUCGGUGUCGCGAGGCCUGCCGCAAGGAUCUUUGCCCGGGGCCGUGCUGGCCUCGCCAACGUCCCGGUAGGGUUCAUGACACGGACUAUUCCGGCUCUGAAUCCCCAACAUUGCAUACCCCUGGCUAAGGCUUUUCUAGACCUCACGAUCAGGGGGAGAGUCAUGAACGACCCCUGGAUAUCAGAGGUGAGACUCCGGGUCCGGAUGGGUGAAAUGUCUCCGCCCAACGACCACCUGAAUCCACAGCUCCUGUUCCGCCCUGUUUACUUCAACCAGCUACGGCUCGAAGCAGGAAAACGGGCCGUCCUGCGCUGGGCGGUGGGCAUGGGCAUGAUGUUGGCCACCCUUCAUUGGAGUUGUGGUCUUGACGGCGAGGGUGUCAACUUUAUCCUCGGUUGUUCCAAGAAUUCCAGACCGUGCUUGUGGGCGACCGAUUUUGGUGACUGCAAGCCCAUGAAGCCCGAGGGAUGGAAAUCAAGAAAGUGUUUGUGCGCCAUCAUGGAUAAUCCGACUUGGCCACGACCUGAUUUCGCCCCCAACUUCAUGCCUGACGGAGAUCCUAACGAGGCCAUGGGCAUCGGGCGGGCGUGGAAAAGCUUUGUAGAUGGCUACAGACACACGGGUCGGGUAAUCCUCUAUAAACAAGAUAGGUUAUCCGAGCUUGAAAGCCCGCGUCGCUUUGUUGACAAGCUUGAAUCGGCGUGGAGGAAGCGACAGGGUAGCGACGCUGAAAGCUUGUCUGGGUCGAGCAAUUCAUGA